AUGAUGAGCUCCAAGGAGGAGGAAACUAUCCGCUUCUUCCAGUAUGUCGAGGAGAAUGGACUGAAAGCCUACAACGGCCUGCUGGCUCAGAACCUGGACCACGCCAGGAAUGAGAAGAAUAGGAUAUACUUGCAGGAGAAAAACGACAAGAAAAGAAAACAAGAAGAAGCCAUAAGAAGGACAGGGGAGGACAUAGCAACAGAAGGGAAGCACUUGCGUAUGGGCUCCAUCACCAUGCCAGACCCGCAGGAACGUAUGCCCAUGCCCCAUCCUCACGCUCUGGCCUGUGGGCAAGGCUUCUCUGUGCGAUCCCAGUCCCUCCAUUCGGUGGGCGGCAACUCUGGGGGCGGUGACGAAGAGGUGGGAAGCCCUACCUCCAGGAAGCAGCCCCCACCCAAACCCAGGAGGGACCCAGCAACCAAGCUGAGCAUGUCGUCCGAGGCAGUGGACCACAGUCCCGUUUCUGCCUGCCGUGGGGAAAGAUGUGACGCUCAAGGAUGUGGUGAGGAUUGCCGGAGGGUGCCACCACCUAAACCCAAGAGGAACCCAAACACACAACUGAGUGUUUCCUUCGACGAGUCCUACAUAAAAACCCACGGUGGCGGCGGAAUGUGCACUGCCAAAGGACUCCACCGAACUGGCUCCCCGUGCGAGCGAAACACUUCCCCACCACAGAGCGACGAGAGCCCUACAGACGACUGUGAGGAUGAGCCUGUCUACAUCGAGAUGGGCGGGAUAGAUGUUGGGGCGCGAGAGCUCCUGAAAAGUGAGGACGAGGAGCCCGGAGAGUCCGUGUAUGAAGAGAUGAAGUACCCUAUGCUGGAUGAUAUGGAGUACCGUACUGACCCAGUGGGGUGUCGUUCAGCAUGUCCUACCCCUGCACCUUAUGACCCAGAACCUCUCAGCCGAUGCUCUACCCCGAGAAACAUUCCUUUCUGUGACAUUCCUGCACCGUUUCCCAAUUUACUGACCCAUAGGCCCCCACUGCUGGUUUUCCCCCCAGCACCGGCCCAAUGCUCGCCAAAUUCAGACGAGUCUCCCCUCACGCCACUCGAUGUUACCAAAUUGCCAAUGCUGGAGAACCAAUCUUACAGCAAAUCCCCGACCUCCUCUACCGAGCCACCAUCCUCCGCACACAUCCGUAGAGAGCUUACGGCUACCCCGACCCUUACCGUCUCUGGGCGCUCUUCUGCACCUCCCCUGCCCUGUACUCUCUACAAAUCUUCCACCUCAUCCUCCUAUCAGCGCAGCCACUCGGCGUGCCCAUCGCCAGUUAGCAUGGGCCGCUGCCUCACUCCGUUGAGCCUAAUGCGAACGCCGCCUUUCGACGCUCCAGUGCCAUUUCCAGGGGGUCUGCCAAGGAGUGCCUCAGCCACCCCUCACGGAAAAGGGUCACCGCCCCAAGAUGCCGUAGGACGACUCCAUGGAUCAAUGCAGAAUGUGUCAACAGGGCGUUCACGGACACCUACAAGCCCGCUGGAUGAACUGACCAACUUGUUUACCACUGGAAGGAACAUGCUUAAGAAAAAUGCCAGCGGGAGAAAAUCCAAAGAGCCUGGAGAGACGGAGUCCAAAAGUAAGUCCCACGGGGAGUCCAAGCGUGAAGGGAAGGAGCGCCACAGUCACAGCAAGGAGUCCAAGCGAGACUCGAAGGAGCGCCACAGCAAAGAAUCCGGCAAUGUGGACUCACUGUCUCACAGGCGCAACAGCAAAGAACGAAGCAGCAUGGAUGUCCCGCCUGUUCGCAGGGACAGCAGAGACCAAGGGUACAGUAGUGUGGAGCCCAUUCCGGUUAGAUGGGAUUCUAAAGACCGGAGCUGCAGUUCCGUGGAACCCAUCCCAUUAAUAAGAAGGGACUCAAAAGAUAAAGGGGUAAGCAAUGGAGACCUGAUGCUGAGACAAGAUAGCAAAGACAAGGGUGUGGGACAUGGAAUGGAGUCUUUGCUUAAACAGGAAAACAAAGACAGGGAAAGACUCCUUGAUCAAACACCGGAGUUGUUACCGAGACAGGACAGCAAAGAGGGUGCUAGGAACGGUGUAGACAGCAGACAUGAAAGCAGAGAAAGACUGCUAGAUCAGCCACCGGAGCUCUUACCACGACAAGAAAGUAGAGAGCGUGUCAGAAAUGGGGUGGACUCAAAGCACGAAAGCAGAGACAAGCCACCUGAGCUUCUACCACGACAGGAGAGCAAAGACAGAUUUAGAACUGGUUCAGAAUAUAAGCACGAUAGCAAAGACUAUCGUCCUGAUUUUAAGGACAGGACUGUAUACAUCUCUGAAUCCAAACAUGAAGGGAGAGAUAGAAACAUUCACAAUGGCGGAGAUCUUCCACCACCUCUCCUACCCAGGCAGGAUAGUAAAGAUCUGAGCAGAACUGGCCUCGAAGUAAGACGAGAUAGCAAAGACAGAAGUCUGAAUGGUUCGGAUCAGCAGUAUUAUGACGGCAAAAUAACAAAGAGCCCGACUGCGAUGGAGUACAGGUAUGACAGCAAAGAAAGGGGAUAUAGAUCAGACGGAACGCCACGACGAGAGAACAGAGCAAAUCACAGCAUGGACUCAUCGAAAGCACAAGAGAGGAAUGGGAGUGCGGUAUCAGGCCAGCAUUCAUCAACCACGACUCCUAAUCACCACAACAGACCAACUGGUAGCCCCCCGAUGACUGCGGGCACUGGAAACGAUUUGAAAGCAGUACCCAAAUAUGCCCGUUCACCUUCCAUGUCUGCUAACCCUUCUCCAAUGGGGACACCACAAAGGAGAGCAGCAGAGGCUCAUCAGAACCAGAUGCCCCAGAUGCCAUGGAUAUGUGGAGACAACACCAUGCUGGAGCAGAUCGAGAGGAAGCGCACACUUUGCAAAGAGAUCCGCUCUAGACAACAUCCUCACCUGCAAAGGUAUCUUGAGAAGCCUCCUCUGGACAGGAAUGAGGACAGGCACCACGAGCGUAGUCAGUGCAAACAAGAGAGUGGGUCGGUCCUCCCGGCUUGUGGGAAGAGCAGUGGAGCCAAAAAGAUCCGUCCCCCUCCGUAUCCGACACAGACCACUGUAUUCUGGGACACUGCCAUCUGA